AUGGGGCCGAUCGAAGGUAGUCUGACCUAUCAUGUUCGAACCCUGUCUAGAAAUCCCAAGGGUGCGCUUAAUUUCAUGUACGAGUGGGUUGGUGAGCAAGUUGUCGGAGCGGUGUUGACUCCAUCUCCUCCUCCGCCGCCUACCUUCACUGCUCGUUAUCCUCCUCUUCCACUGCUAUAUGGGGCAGCUGCAACAACUGGGCAAUAUCUACCAUAUCUCCCUCCAGCCCCGAUGAUGGUGAUGGGACCAUUACGACUGCCACCGGGUAGUUACGGAUACCCACCUCCACCUCCUAAACCUGGGUAUGGAUAUGUGUACGAGUACGGAUACAGCCCGUACUAUCCAGUGCAAGUGCAAGGACAGCCUGAGCGUGUAAACAACUUGGGGAGCUUUCGACGAUGGCUAGGCAGAGUCCUUGCCGGGGCGACAAUUUCUGAAAUCCUCAAUAAUGUUUCACUACCAGAUGAUCUCGGGCUUUGA